AUGAGACGUCUUACACCUGAUGUUUUUGAAAGAAAACUUUUAAAUAAUGAAGUAAAAUUUCGUGAUUGCGAAAAAGGUUUUAACAAUUGGAAAAAAGUUCAUUCAAAAGUAUCUGAACACGAAAAGAGUAUUUCCCAUUUAAAUGCCGUUCGCGAUUGGGUUGUGAGAUCUGAUAAACUUGGUAAAGGCACACUCGAUCAUACACUUAAGAUACAAGUUGAAUCAGAAUUACAAUAUUGGCGAUCUGUUCUCAAUAGAGUUGUAGCUGUUAUUAAGUUUUUGUCAUCAAGAGGACUUGCAUUUAGAGGGGAAAAUGAACUUUUUGGCUCUAAUCACAAUGGUAAUUUUUUAGGCUCAUUAGAACUUCUCGCUAAAUUUGAUCCGUUUUUAGCUAAACAUAUCGAAAUCCAUAGAAAUAAAGGACGUGGGCAUGUUUCGUAUUUAUCGUUGACUAUCUGUGAUGAAUUUAUUUUGAUUAUAGAUCAAUUAACACUGAUUGUUCGGUAUAUUCUUCCAAAUGGUACGCCUAUUGAACGUUUUCUUAAAUUUUUGCCGUCUGUCGGCCAUAAAGGUGCAGAUUUACAGCAAGCCGUAAUCAAUGAAUAUAAACAAUUAGAGAUAAACAUUGAGGAUUGUAGAAGGCAAUCUUAUGAUAACGCCAAAAAUAUGUCCGGUGUAUAUUCAGAAAUGCAAGCUAGGAUUCGUCAAGUUGCUAAGUAUGCUGAAUACAUACCAUGCUCAGCUCACUCAUUAAAUUUAGUAGGAGCUAAUGCUGCUCAAUGUAGUGAAAGUGGACAGUCAUUUUUUUUCUACUUGAAAACUUGUACGGGUUUUUUUCGUCUUCUACACAUAGAUGGGAAAUAUUAA